CAACUGCCUGCCUGCCUGCCGCACGUCGCUCUCGCGUGGUCUUGGGGGUUAACCAGCUAGAUCGAGCUAUGCAGCCGCCGACGACGGCCAAGAGGGACAGGGCGGCGUGGGAGGCGGACGCGGGCGCCGCGGACACGGCCCGCCUGCUCAUGCUCCUCGCGCAGGCGCAGGCGCAGCAGCAGCAGCGCCUCCUGCAGCACGCCUACCACCACGGGGUGGCGCCGUUGUUCCCCGCGGGGCGCGUGUUCGAGUGCAAGACGUGCAGCCGGCAGUUCCCCACGUUCCAGGCGCUCGGGGGCCACCGCGCCAGCCACAAGCGCCCGAGGGCGCUCCAGCAGCAGCAGCCAGUCGUCGUCGCCGACGACCACGACGCGGGGCUGUGCCUGGGGCGCCAGCCGCCCAAGCCGAGGCGGGUGCACGAGUGCCCCGUGUGCGGCCUCGAGUUCGCCAUCGGCCAGGCGCUCGGCGGCCACAUGCGCCGGCACCGUGCCGACGCCGAGGUGCGGCCGCCGCCCGACAAGGCCCGCGACGUCGCCGGCGGGAUCUGCCUCGACCUCAACCUCACGCCGUCCGAGAACUGCGCCAAGUGCCGGAGCGUCGUCGUGCUAGGCGCCGCCGCCGGCCAGGGUGUGCAUAAGGCGCUCGCCAUGUUAGAUUGCUCGCUGUAGUCGUCGAUCGAGCCUCUUCGUUCCGUUAGGCUGCACUGCACAUAUAUACAUCUUCUUUCAUGGACGUUGUUUGUUACUACUAGUAUAGUAGUAUACUAUGCCGUUUCUUUGUUUCUGCUCAUCUUCGUGUAUACCGAUCCAUUGUUACCUUUUUUUUUGGUUAGGGUAACCCAGUUCCUUCCGGGGAAGAUGACACGUCAGAUUCUCCGGUUCUCUGUAAGCUGUGUAAUUCUAGGUUUCUACCGUACGUAUGGAGUUUUAGGUAUUAUUUUCUUAGGCUAGGAUAGUUUUGAAAGAAACAAUAAUAGAGAGGAACUCGUGUGCCGUUUCCGAGGUGUAAAUAGUAAUAAAUCAUUAGAUGCAUUUCAAGUUCA